GCCUCGCCCUCGCGGUCCGAACGCGCUCGGCUGCCUCCGCCGGGGGCGGGUCGCGCGGCUCGGAGCCGGGGCUGACGCGGGGACCCCGCGGCUGCGGCGACGGCGGCCGCGGUGCAGCCACGGGCGCGCUCGGCCGGCGUGACUGUGACCGCGGCGGCGGCGGCCGCCGCUACCGGCCAUCAGCAGUGCCUGCCUGAGCAUGCUGCCAGCUUGUGCCCUCGGCUGCCGGAUCUGGUGUGGCUGAAGAGCAGGGGAAGACUGCCCGUACCUGUGCCCCCUGUGAUGGGGAAUACAGUGACGGCACGAGGGGGACCACACCACACACAGUGACACAGUCGCUUCUGUCAGCGCCCUGGGAGUCAUGGGACACCAGGCAUGAGCGGCCCUCAGGGUCGCCCUGACCUCUGCUAGACUUAGAUCUCUGAGCCCCAAGCGUUCCUUGUGGACCCUGUCCUGGCCCAUGGGGCCAGCAGGGCCAGGAGCAGCCACCUGACCACAGGCGGCGAUUCCACCCGGCCACUAUGGCAGGCACCGAAGGCUUCCAGUACCGAGCACUGUACCCAUUCCGCCGCGAGCGACCCGAGGACCUGGAGUUGCUGCCCGGUGAUGUGCUGGUGGUCAGUCGCGCGGCACUGCAGGCGCUUGGCGUGGCAGAGGGUGGCGAGCGCUGCCCACAGACUGUGGGCUGGAUGCCUGGUCUCAACGAACGCACCCGACAGCGAGGCGACUUCCCUGGCACCUAUGUGGAGUUCCUGGGGCCGGUGCCCAUGGUCCGGCCUGGCCCCAGCCCUCGAGGCCCCCGCCCACUGCCUGCCAGGCCCUGUGAUGGAGCCCUGGAGCCAGGGCUCACACUUCCGGACCUGCCAGAACAGUUCUCCCCUCCUGACGUGGCGCCCCCCAUUCUGGUGAAGCUGGUGGAGGCCAUGGAGCAGACUGGGCUGGACUGCGAACCCUACUGCAGGCCUGAGCUGAUGGCCCCCAGGAUAGACUGGUCCCUGGGCGAUGUGGAGCAGUGGGACGCGGCCGCACUGUCCGACGGCAUCAAGGGCUUCCUGCUGGCCCUGCCCGCACCACUGGUCACCCCCGAGGCGGCGGCCGAGGCGCACCAGGCCCUACGGGAGGCCGUGGGGCCAGUGGGACCAGUGCUGGAGCCACCCACGCUGCCACUGCACCGGGCGCUCACGCUGCGCUUCCUGCUACAGCACUUAGGCCAAGCUGCCCGCCAGUCGCCCGCCCCGGGCCAGGCCCUGCGCUCACUGGGCGCUGUCUUCGGGCCUCUGCUGCUGCAUGCGCCGCCGGUUUCCAAUGGGAGCGAGCCCAGCUCUGACUUCCCUGCCCUGCUGGUGGAGACACUGCUGCAGGAGCACAUGGAGGAGCAGGAGGCCGCGCCCCCAGCACUGCCACCUAAGCCACCCAAAGCAAAGCCGGGUCCCCCGGGUCUGGCCAACGGGGGUAGCCCAGCCUCCCUGCAGGAUGCGGAAUGGUACUGGGGGGACAUCUCCAGGGAGGAGGUGAAUGAGAAGCUCCGGGACACGCCCGACGGCACAUUCCUUGUGCGGGAUGCGUCCAGCAAGAUCCAUGGAGAGUACACUCUCACACUCAGGAAGGGCGGCAACAACAAGCUAAUCAAGGUCUUCCACCGUGAUGGCCACUAUGGCUUCUCGGAGCCACUUACCUUCAGCUCUGUGGUGGACCUCAUCACCCACUACCGCCAUGAGUCGUUGGCCCAGUACAACGCCAAGCUGGACACGCGGCUGCUCUACCCAGUGUCCAAGUACCAGCAGGACCAGGUAGUCAAGGAGGACAGCGUGGAGGCGGUGGGUGCCCAGCUGAAGAUCUACCACCAGCAGUACCAGGACAAGAGCCGUGAAUACGACCAGCUGUAUGAGGAAUACACAAGAACCUCCCAGGAGCUGCAGAUGAAGCGCACAGCAGUUGAGGCCUUCAAUGAGACCAUCAAGAUCUUUGAGGAGCAGGGACAGACCCAAGAGAAGUGCAGCAAGGAGUACCUAGAGCGCUUCCGGCGGGAAGGCAAUGAGAAGGAGAUGCAGAGGAUCCUUCUCAACUCUGAAAGGCUCAAAUCUCGCAUUGCUGAGAUUCAUGAGAGCCGUACGAAGCUGGAGCAGGACCUUCGGGCUCAGGCCGCCCAGAACCGCGAGACAGACAAGCGCAUGAACAGCCUCAAGCCGGACCUCAUGCAGCUGCGGAAGAUCCGAGACCAGUACCUCGUGUGGCUGACCCAGAAAGGCACCCGGCAGAAGAAGAUCAAUGAGUGGCUGGGGAUCAAAAAUGAGGCUGAGGACCAGUACUCACUGGUGGAGGAUGAGGAAGACCUGCCCCACCACGAGGAGCGCACCUGGUACGUGGGCAGCAUCAACCGCACACAGGCCGAGGAGAUGCUGAGUGGCCAGCGGGAUGGGACCUUCCUCAUCCGGGAGAGCAGCCAGCGGGGCUGCUAUGCAUGCUCUGUCGUAGUGGAUGGCGACACUAAGCACUGCGUCAUCUAUCGCACGGCCACAGGCUUCGGCUUCGCCGAGCCCUAUAACCUGUACGCAUCGCUGAAGGAGCUGGUGCUGCACUACCAGCACGCGUCCCUGGUGCAGCACAACGACGCGCUGGCCGUCACCCUGGCCCACCCGGUGCGCGCACCCGGCCCAGGCCCACCGCCCCAUGCCCGCUGAGGACAAGACCCCUUCUGCCUCUGUCCCUCUUCCACCCCAUCUCUGUCUCCAUGUUGGGGUUCCCCCCUUCCCCAGGCACCAGCCACCUGGCCCCAAGUCCCCCCUUGGCUGCACAAGCCAUGUUUACAGAGGCCCCAGCCCAGGAGCCCCAUUUCUAAGCCAUAGACCUGAGGUCAAGCCAGGAAGGAACUCCACUUGGCUGUGACAUUUGGGGCCGGGCGGGACCCGCCCCACCCACGGACCCCAACUUCCCCUACCAAGGUUGAAGUGAAACCAGCUGCUGGGGAGAAGCCCUGACACACCCGACAAGAGACCUGAACAUCACACUGGAGCCGGCAGAACCCUUGCAGGGCACAACCUGAGUCCCUGCUGGUGUCCAGUCAGGGCUCUGUCCUGCUGGAUUUUAUUGUACUUCCUUGACUAUGACACCCCCUUUUCUCCUUUGGGGCUACGGCCCCAGGUUUUUACUCCACUGUGGGACCCGGUCAACUACUUCUAGGCUGGUACGUUGUUAUUGGUACAAUAUAAAACAUUGAACCUGG